CACAAGUAUGCGUUCCACCUGACCUGCUGCGGGGAAGUGCCGUCGUCGUGGCCGUUGACCAUCCAGAUGCAUGCCGAGCCAAAGAUGUUGACCGAGUUGGUGUUGGCGUUGGUGGCCCUGUACCUGGCGCUGUACGCCGUCGACAAGGCCCGCAAGCUGAGCACGCUGGCGCACAUCGCCGGGCCCGGCUACCCGAUCCCCAUCAUCGGCCACACGCCCUACAUGUUCGGCUCCCGGGACGGCUUCUUGGCGCGGGCCCUCGUCGUGUGGCGCCGCUACGGCCCGGGACCCAUCAAGUUCUGGCUCGGCGAGACCCCCAUGGUGGCGGUCACGCGGCCCGAGGACGUGGAGCCGCUGCUCAACUCGCAGCGCGAGGUGGACAAGCACGACGUCUUCUACCGGCCCCUGCAGAGCUUCUUCGGCAACGGCCUCAUCAGCCUCAACGGCCAGGCCUGGUCCGUGCACCGCCGCGCCCUCACCCCGGCCUUCCACUUCCGGUCAGCACCCUUCCUUGCACUAACC